AUGGCCAGCUUCAAGGGAUACGACCUGAUCGUUGUAGGCUCAGGCUUCGCUGGUUCGUUUGCAACUUUGAGCUUUCUUGAAACUUGCAAGAGAGAAGGCAAACAAGGGCGAGUCGCCCUCGUAGAAGUUGGCAAAGAUGGCGAACGUUGUGGUGCAUCGCGAUGGACUAUGGCAUAUUUGAGACUGGACAAGAACCUUGACUUUGACAAGGACUGGGUCAAGGAAAUGCGCCGAGUCAGUAAUGGCGUCGCUGACGAAGAUUACUGUGAGAAGCUCCGCAACGAGGCUCCAAUCACCGCAAAGUUCUGCGAAGAGCGCGGCGUCAAGUUUGUCCAUCAUGAUGAGCCCAACGUCCUACUCGAAUUCGAUACCGACCAGCACUUUGUCUUUCCUGAUGGAGGUGGCGUUGCCAUCAUCACAAAGAUGAUGGAACACAUUAAGGGUUACCCCAAUGCAGAAAUCCACUGGGAGACUGAAGCCAUUAAGCUGUUGCAGGAUGAACAGGGCAAAAUUCGCGGCCUGAAGGUCAGAAAGAACGACGGCCUGCUUCACGAUCUCCUUGCACCAGAUGUUGUCUUGGCAUGCGGUGGGUUCGAGGGCAACCAAGAAAUGCUAGCACGCUACAUCGGCCGAGACACCCACAAGCUACCACUCAUUGCCCCUGGCAUCAAGCACAACAAAGGAGCAGGCUUAAGAAUGGCUCUCGAGGUAGGGGCAGGAACUGCAGGCUCUUUCGAUGGAAUGCAUUGCGAGCUCGUUGAUACGCGUGCUAAAAAGCCAGAUGCAGUUAUCUGGGGUCACAACUACGGCAUUGUCGUCAACAAAGAAUGCGAGCGCUUCUACGACGAGGGCCAGCGUCACCUCUUCGCAACCUUCGAGAUGAUUGCCUUGUACUGCUGGAAAGACCACAAUCAAUCUUGCUUCUUCGUUACAGAUGACCCAAUCAUGCAACGUUUCAAGGGCAGCUGGGUCUAUGAGACCACCGAUAUCCCACCAGAGAAGGCCGAUACGAUUGAAGAGCUAGCAGAAAAGCUUGGUAUUGACCCUGCCGCUCUCAAGAAGACUGUCGAUGAAUACAACGCUGCCGUGAACGACAAGCCAUUCGACCUCAUGAAGCUCGAUGGCAAGCGCACGAAUGGCUUGAAAGUCGACAAGACUAAUUGGGCUGCUAAGAUCGAGAAGGGUCCUUUCUACGGAUAUCCAAUGACGGCCAACCUGACUUUCACCUAUGGAGGUGUCAAGACUGAUCUUGAUGGUCGCGUUCUGUCAACUGCUGAUGUGCCUAUUCCUGGACUGUGGGGAGCUGGUGAGAUGACUGGAUUGUUCUACAACGAAUAUCCGCCGGCAACAUCUUGCCUGCGGAGCAUGACCUGGGGUCGCUUGGAGGGCGAGGCGAUUGCGAAGAAUCUUGGACAGGAGAGGAAGACCGGUGUUGCUGUGAGGGCUAAGUAG